AUGGCCACUGUCAUCCCACCGCCAUCCAAAAAACAAAAGAAGGAAGCACAGCAAGUGCGCGAGGUCAACCUCGUUCCUGAAGACAUCCCGAAUGUGCUAAUAAAGUUCCAGGCAGCAGAUUCCGGAGAGUCUGUGGGAGGCUCGAUCCGGGUGCCUGGAGGCAUCACCGAAAAGCAGUUGGAAGAGCUCUUGAACCAGCUCAAUGGCGAAAAAGACGACCCUGUUCCAUACUCGUUUUCUCUUCUUGACCAAAAAGACGGGCAGGCCGAUGCGCUGCUCGUGGACAUCCAAGAUAAUCUUUACACGUCGAUUUUGAAGCCCGGAAUCAAGACCACGGAGGACUUCUUGACCAUCGUGUACACGCCGCGAGCAGUCUUCAAAGUCAAGGCUGUGACGCGGUCAAAUACGGCCAUUGCUGGCCACUCGUCGACCAUUUUGUGCUCUCAGUUUGCGCCCAACGACUCCGGCAGAAUGUGCACCGGAGCCGGGGACUCGACUGCCCGUAUCUGGGACUGCAACACGCAAACUCCUUUCAAAACGCUCACGGGCCACACCAACUGGGUGUUGUGUGUAUCGUAUUCGCCUUGUGGAACCAUGCUUGCCACCGGGUCCAUGGACAACACCAUCCGCUUGUGGGAUGCUACGACGGGUGCCCUGUUGGGACAGCCCUUGGUGGGCCACACAAAGUGGAUUUCCAGCUUGACGUGGGAGCCCUUGCACCUUGUGAAGGAUAGCGAGACGCCCCGUCUAGGCUCUGGCUCCAAGGACGGGACCGUCAAGAUCUGGGACACCACGCGCAGAACGUGUCUCUACACCAUGGCCGGGCAUACCAACGCGGUGUCGUGCGUCAAGUGGUCCGGCUCGGAUAUUUUGUACAGUGCGUCGCACGACAAGUCGAUCAAGGCCUGGGACAUCGCUGCUGGAGGCAAAUGUAUCCAGACUCUCAAGAGCCACGCGCACUGGGUGAACCACUUGUCAAUCUCGACGGACCAUGUGUUGAGAAAAGGCGGCUUUGACCACACGUCGUCCAAGAAGAGCACGAAGAGCGACGCCAAGGAGUUGCGCAAGAAAGCACUUGAGCAGUACGAGAAGGUUGCCAAGCUUGGGGGCCGGAUCAGCGAGCGCCUCGUGACGGCCAGUGACGAUUUCACCAUGUAUUUGUGGGAACCGUUGAAGUCAUCGAAACCGGUGUGCCGGAUGACGGGCCACCAGAAGCUCGUGAACCACGUGCUGUUCUCGCCGGACGGCCGCUACAUUGUGUCCGCUUCUUUCGAUAACUCCAUCAAAAUCUGGGACGGUUUGAAGGGCACUUUUAUUGGCACGUUCCGCGGCCACGUCGCCCCAGUGUACCAGACCGCCUGGUCGUCAGACAGCAGAUUGUUGGUGAGCUGUUCGAAAGACACCACUUUGAAAGUGUGGGACGUGCGGACCAGAAAGCUCAACGUGGACUUGCCAGGCCACGCCGACGAGGUGUAUGCGGUGGACUGGAGCAUGGACGGCAAGAAGGUGGCAUCCGGUGGAAAGGACAAGAUGGUGAGGAUCUGGUCUUCGUAG